UUGAAGCUCAAAUGCGAGGUCAAGAUUACUAGAGUUGUUGAUAAAGAAACGCUCAUGACAAAAAAUUCAAAUGCCACCAUUAAAAUGCUUGCCAUUGGAACUGGAAUUACUCCAUUCAGUUUAUUCCUAUGUAAAAUGUUCUUCAAGAAACACAACGAUUACAAGAUAUGUUGGACUACUCUUUUCCGCAUGGAAGUGGCAAGUUCUUUGGAGAUAUUAGCAAAGCUAAAUGAGUUGGUUCGCUUUUCACCUGAUGAAAACAUUGGUCUUUUUUAUGCUAAUUUUUCAUCUUCUCUUGCUGCACAGUUUUUAACUCAAAACAAAUGGUUAAUAAUGAAGUUGAAGCAACAAUAUAUACCAUCGGAAAAUGUUAGUAUGUGAUAAGACUGAUUCGAGAAUAUUAUAUCUGUGAUAUCUCACAUAUGGUUCAUAUACAUCUAUUUCUUAUCUCUCCUCUCUAUUUUUUCUUUUGAACAAUCGGCGCAUUUUAGAAUGUGAUAAGACUGAUCUGAGAAUAUUAU